UGCAAUAACAAUUUAUUUUAUCACAAAUGCAAGCCAGCAGCGGCCCACUAAAUACAUCUGCCAAGCCACACCCUGAUGAAGAGAGGAAGGAUACUUAUCUACCAGCAUCAAGGAGUUCAACAGCUGCAGCACCAGCUAAUUCAUCCCAAGAAGAAGCUAAAAUUGCAAGCCAAAUGAAAAUUAGUCAGCACGAUUCACUCAGAAAAAUAGAAAGUUUUGGAGGAAAAAAGGGUAAAGGAGGCAGAAAGAAGGGUAAGAAAGGUAUUAAAUGGGAGAAAGCCGAUAACACCACAGAAAUGCUAGGCUUUGAAUCGCAAAACGCAUCACCUUUCGAACUUGACAGUGGAUAUAACAUCAACGAGCUUGAUCUAAUGCAUUUUACAGAUCGGCCAGUAAAAAGACGGGCUGGUAAAAAUGUUAAAUUUUCCUCUUCCCAGCAUAUUCAGGCUAAUCACAGGUUUAUCUUGAAGCCAACUAAGGACCAGGAUUACUUCUUUGCUACUUAUGAUCCGGAUUAUAAAGUUGAAUGGGAAGAAAUUUUCAUGGUUUUGGCUAAAAGAAACGCAGAUUACCUCUGCCCAAUCUGCCGGGAGGAGAAAAUGGUUGUCCCUGUGAUUAGUCAAUGUGGCCACAUUUUCUGAUAUCCUUGUAUUCUUCAGUACUUCCUUCAUGCAACAGAGAGUGAAGGAGAAGAAUUCAGAAAAUGCCCCCUCUGUGAAGAAUUAGUCUUUAAAAAGGCGCUGAAGUUCACUAAAGUAUUCAUCAAGCCUCCCCCUGAGGAGAACCAAACUAGAAGGUUUAGGCUCGCAUUCAGGGCUCAGGAAUCAAAUAUAGUAAAAUUUUACGAAGAGUCUGAUAAUAACGAGAGCCAGAAAUCAAAGUUUGAAAACCUUGAGAUCUUCUAUAACGAUUCUCAAGCCUAUAACAUCACCAGAAUCCGUGUUGUACAAGAAUUUGAAAAUAUUUUCCAAGAAUUCAAAGACCAGCUAACUGAGAGUAGCAAAGACUGGGAAAAUCUUGGAGACACACUCCAAGUUGAUCUCUGCCAACAAGGUUUUGACAUGUUAGAAGAGCUACAAAAAGAAUUGACUCAAGAACUUAUAAUCAUCCAUCAGCAAAGAGCUCUUGAUGUAAAUGAAAUGGAUGAAAUCGACCAAUCAGAAAGUCAAGAUUUAGAAACGAAUCCAGAAAAUCAAAAAUUGAACAGCUACAAAUCUGAAACAAAAUCUUGGUGCCUCGCUGAUACUCAAAGGAGACAGAAAUAUGAGAAAAUAGUCAAGGAAUCUAAAGGAAAUUAUUAUUUCUAUCAGCUAGAUGACGAGACAAAUUCCUUCCUUGACCCGCUGUGAAUGCGAGUUUUACUCAAAGAAUACGGAAGUUAUAAUAACCUACCUCUCAAUAUCAGCUCAAAAAUUCUAGAAAUUGAGGAAUUCAACAUGACUGAGCACUUGCGGGCUAAAAAUAAGCCGAUUUCACACUUAGGAAUCUCAGCCGAGUUCAAGUUCAUCGAAGUGGACAUGUCCCAUUUGGUCUCUUACAAGACAUAUGAGCACUUUGAGAAGCAAAUUCGAUCUAAGGAGAAUAUCAGAAAAAGAAGAAGGGAGAAAGAGAAGAAAUAUAUGGAAAAGGCAAAGCUGAUUGAUGAGAAAAAGCAUGAGUAUUACCUCAAGAAUAACAUCUCAGUCAACAUCAACUCAAAAUCACGCCAUAUCCCAGUGUGGGAUGCUGAGAAGACCAUUAAUGAUGACACCUGGUUUACCUUGGAUGGAAAGGAAAUCAAAAAUGACAAAAUUAACCAACCUUGGAAAGAGGAUGAUGAGAAUAACGAAGAAGAUAAAGAACCAACACCAGAGGUAGAAGAGAUAGCUAAAGAAGAUACAGAUGAUAACGUCUGGAACGACUUUGAAAUAACCCCUCAGGGAGAACCUGUGGAUGAAUUCCCAGCCUUGGGUGGGGGCCCACCUCAGGCACAGGAAAAGAUACCUGUAAUUAUAACAAAAUCUAGCUCUAAAUCUCAUCAGAAAAAAGUGAAAAAGAAACCUAAGCCCAAGCCUACAGAAGAAGAGGAGGGUUUAUUUUCAAAUACAGAAACUACAUUUACUAUAGAUCAGUUCAUGGUCUCAUCUAAGCCUAAAAGGAAUAAGAAUAAGAGAAAGGGAAGGCGGUAAGAUUAAUAAUUAUUAAAUUCAUUAUUUUUAA